AUGGGUGGUAAAUUAGUAAAGUAAUACGUUGUGACUUGUUUAUUAUUAUUUUUUUAUUUUGUUCUGCUAUUGCGUCAAAAACCUAAUAAUGUCUAGUGACAAAUGUAUGUAAUAUAUACAUUGUACAAAUAUACAAAGAAAUUCGUCAAAUAUAAUAUUCCACUCUUUCCCGUCAGAUAUAGACGUUGCAAAAAAAUGGAUAAUUAAUUCUGUUAUAAAUAUUUACUUUAUUUAAAUUUAAAACUUUGAUAAUAUAUUAUGUAAUAAUUUAUUUAUGCAUUCAUUAUAUAGGAAACAUUGAAUUGGAUACUUUCGUGAAUAGUACGAACAAAUUGAAAAGAAAAUUGAUCUGUUCUAAUCAUUUAAAAAAAAACUGAUUAUUCCAAUCCAGCAUUGACCAAAUCACGACUAAAAUCAAAAAUCUCUUCCCAAAAGUUUUUUAAGUAAUAAAUCAUUUUUAAUACCUAUACAAUUAUAAACUCAUGAAAUGUAUUUCAUACUUAAUUUCAAAAUAUUUUUUUUACUUGACAGCCAACUAAUUAUUCUGUAUUACUGCCUAGUGUCUAAUAAAUGUAAAGUUUAUGAUAAGUUGACGUAUAUUUCGAUUUUGUUCAUAUUUCGUUUAUCACAAAAAAUCAAUCUUAAAUAUUUUUAAUAUUUUAAAACAAAGAAAAAACAAUAAUUGUCUAAAUAUUAAUACUCUACAAAAUUGAAAAAUGUAUUAAAUUUAAAAGAAAAGGUGGACAUUUGUGAUGGGCGGGCAACUGUUGUAGGUAAGAAGUUGGGAAAAUAAGAUAUAUAAAAUGGAAUUUAAUUUAUAUCCGUUCGUAACGAUAAAUCAUUACUCACGAAAUCGUUGAAACGUUUUGAAAUUUUUUUUACACCUAGAAACGCUUAUUACUAAAUAUUAAUAUUUUGUAAAAAUUUCAUGGUUCCUAUGAUUAUUGUUGCCGUAAAUUUCCCGUUUUUCCUAAAUUUUUAACGCAUAAAUUAAAUAAUUCAAUGUAUGUACAGUCGAUUUUGUGGCCGAUACAAAUGUAGGAGAAUGUGUAACGAACAAGUAUCUUCGUAAGUCUCCUAAAUCUAGGAUAAUAAACUACUCAUCAAAUGUAUAUGUUCAUGAUACUAUAAAUAUGACACUUACAAAUCAUUUGUCUGAAGGUAUGAAAUAAUAAAGAUUGUUUUUGUUAUUAUUAAAAUUAUUUUUUUACUUCAACAUUGAAUUUAUAAAACAUUCAUAUAUGUACGUAUUGUUGAUGUUCUAUUAAAUAUUCCCACUAACGAAGAACCAAUUAUUGAAGACAAUCCAGUAGUAGAAGUACUUUACGAAUAAGAUAGUUUGUUUUUAUCAAAUUCAAAUUUGUUUUCAAAUACACAUAUUGUAGAAGAAACAACAACAUUAGAAACAUGUUCAAUUGUACAUUUUACUGGUUAUUUAGUAAAAAAAUAUCUGGAUUUUUACAACUGUAACAUCUACUUAUUGAAAUUAAUAAAAAACUAUGGCACAAUCAAUGAAAGAAAUAAAUUAUUGAUAUUGAAUAAAAUGUACAAUGGUAUCAUUAAUGGAGUUUGAAAACACCAUCAAAUGAAGUAGUAAUGAUAUGUACAAUGUGUCUGAAAUACUUUGAGAAUAAUUGGUAAUUAAUAAAAUAUAAAAAAGAAAUCUUAAAAACAUUAAUGCAUAAGAAGACCUUUAUUACUUAUAUUACCCUCAUUUGACAGUCAUGAAUGCAAAGAACACUAUUUGUAUAUUAUUUGCCAAUUGUUUGUAAUAAAAAUUGUCUAUACAUGUAAAUAGAUUAAUGAACAAUGUAUAAAAUCAACAUUGACAACUUAACCACAUUCUAAACUAAGAAUUUUAAAUAAUAAAUAGAAUUAAAUAAAAUCAAAUGUAAUUAUUUAUAUAUAAAAUAAAAGUCGACAAAUUAUUGUUGUAUAGUCAACAGUUUUCAGGAUAAUAAUGUUUAAAAAUAUUAAAAACUUAAUAAUAACCAAAAAUAAAUGUAAAUAGUUACCAAUGACAACCUUAUUUAACCUAAAGAACUAGUUUUUCAUCAUUAACUCGAAUUUUGAUGGGAAUUUAAAAAAUUACCUCCCCAAUAUAUACAAAAAGGUAACUUUUUAAUUUGCACAAAAUGUCUGAUUAAAAAGGGGUUCACAAGUGGAAAAAAUUACGCUCAUAAUCUAAUAAACAAGCUUUUCAUUAGUUUUAUUUGACAAAUAACUAUGAAUGUAUGAAAAAAAACAGAAUAUCACUAUUUUUUUGAAUUCCCUUAAUCAGAAAGUUAUCAAUUAAUAUUUUUUAUAUUAAAUAAAUGCAAUUGCAAUAAUUUCUGGGUUAAAUACUUUUUAAUCAGACCCUGAAGCAAAUUAAAAUAAAAUAUGAAACAAACGAAUAAUUAUGGAAUGAAAAAAAAUUGAUAAGAAAUAAUGUUUAUACGGUACAGUUGUAGUUACACAGUCAUUUACCACCAGAGGUAACCGUGGGAUUGAUUAAAAACCGGUUUUCUACGAGCUUAUAACCACGAAUUAAAUAAUAUACAAAAAUAAUAAUCAUAUGGCCAUCUAUCAGGAGUUAUAAUUUAUUUAAUGGCGCGCCGUAGAAAAACCGGUCAGUGAGCAAUCUACAGCAGCGUUUCUUAACCUAUGGUCCGUGGCCCUCUGGGGGUCCACGAUACUCAAGUUGGGGGUCCGCGGCAGCCUUAACACAUAAGUCAAUAUGUGACACUAUUGCAUUAUUACAAUAUUGUUGAAUUGUUAUUAUUAUUUUUGUUUCAUACAUAAUAUACAGGGCCAUCAGAAUUUAAUGGUACAGCAAUUUUCUCUUGUAAACAUUCAAAAUAGAGAACAAUGUUUAAUACAAAAGUUUCUUUAAUUAUAAACACCUAAAAUAAUUUGUACAUUUUUUUUUAUUAGGUAUUCAUUUUUAAAAUUCAAACCUAAAUUAAAAAUUCCAUAAACUAACGGAGUAAUAUUUUAAAUACAUUUUGGUGUUAAAAUUUUUGAUUUCCGUUAAAUCGUUGACGAGAUAGUUAACUUUUUAGUUUAGGCAGGAGUGUUGCUUGUGUAGUGGCAUGGAACGGCGCGCGUCGUUUGAAUAUUAUAAUUUUGGUUAUGAUAACGUGAUGCUUUGUAAAAACAAAAAAAAAGGAGGUAUUAGUAAAAAUAUCGCUAAGGGGUACGUGAUUUCUAAAAAUCUUUCAACAGGGUUCCGUGAUCUACAAAAAAGUUAAGAACCGCUGAUCUAUAAUAUUUAUAAUCAACGAUAGUAUCUCGAUAAGGUAAUAUUUCGAAACAAGUUAUCACUGGUUAUCUAAUAGUGGAGUGUUUUCCCUAUCGCCCGCAAAAACGGUCGUAUCUCAAAACAUCCACAGAGAAUAGAUAAUUAAUAAUUGCAUAAUUUAUUGCAACCUUGAUUUCCAUCGAAAACAGCUGUAUAAUGUUUAUAUUUGUUUUAAUAAAGAUUACUUUUAUUAAAAAUGAGAUAAUACCUUUUUCGUUAAGGCAGUCGAUAUAAUUUAGUUGUGUAUCACUUUUGAAAAUUCGUAAAUUAUAAUUGUUAAUUUGCAAAUUACUUUAUUUUUUCAUUGUGAUAAUAAUGAAUAAUACAUCUUAGUAAUAUUACUUGUCAUUUUAAAUAAUUAGGUAUAAUUAACAUUACAAAGUUUUGUAUUUGAGUAUCUACAAUUUAGUAAUUUACACUUAAAUGGUAAUUAUUGUACAAUAACAAGUAAGUAAAUAUAAUAUAUUAUAUAAGGAUAGGUAUUCCAAUAGUAAUAUAGUCUUUUUCAGACUAUUUAAUAUUUAAAUAUAAACUAUGAAUUAUAACAUUUUAUUUGGUACUUGUUUGUUAGCUGGGGCACUGGCUCAUUAAACCUAUUCAAAUGUAUAUUUUAUAUUGCUCAUGAUAAAAAAAAAAUAAUACACAUAGGUAGGUAUUUAUAUUUAUUACAACAAAUUAUAAAUUAUCUGUAAUAGUAUAGGUAGUACUAAAAAUAUUUUAUAAUAAUUAUAAAUAUCUAAUACAAAAAUUAAAUUAAUGGAAAUAUAAUUUAGCUGUAAAACCAAUAAAUUGUGAUAUUUAAACAAUCAUGUUUAUUGGUUAAAAUUUAACCUCGCAAAACUAAAAAAUAUAAUCACUUUUACAAUUUAUGGGUUUUCAUGGUUAUCCAAAAACAUUGUAGAUAACGAAAAUUAUUGUGAAUCACAAUUUUUAAGACACCAAUAAACCGCAUGUAGAUUGCUUACUUUAUCAUUUAAAAAGUACCUAUGUAUUUAAUGUUUUAUAUUAUUAUGAAGGUUAGAAUUCAGAAAUAUCUGAUUUUGUGAAAUGCAUCUUGUCAUAUACUCUGUAGUUAUGAAUUAUCUCAAAUACAAGGACAGGGAUCAGGGAUAUUUAUAUUUAUAGAGCUUUUUUUUUUUCAUGUUAGGCAUCACACUAGUACUAUAAACUAGUAGACUAGACAAUUAAAUAUAACUAGGUUUACAAAUUAAAAUAUGGUUAGGGUUAUUAUGUCAACUAGAUGUUUUCAAUUGUUUGGUACUAGGCCGUAUCCGUUGCUUUCUGGUUGGCAAUAGUCAAGUUUUCAAGCAUGCAAGGUCCUAGUGCCAUUGGACUUACCAAUAGGUGUGCCUGCUAUCGUCUAAUGUUCAACACUGAUGAGACCUGGUCAUUAAGGUAUCCCCAUUUCAGUAUAUUAUGACUCUCAGUAGUUUUAAUGUCUUCUAUAUGUCCUUGUUAUUCGUACCCUGGGGAUAAAUGUUUGGCCGGUUCAAUCCAUCCUCUGAUAUCCACUAUUUUAUUAUUGCAUGCGUUAAUUCUACUCUGAGAGAGAUCAUUUUCUAGAAACUGAGGAAACUUUCUCGAUUGCAGUCGAAAAGUUGUAUCCAUCUGUCCAUACAUAGGAUGUCUCGGUUCUUUUUUGUGUUUGUAUCUUUUUAAGUUAGUGACAAUUAGUCAUCUUAUUGAGGGUAGAGCUAUGCCUGCCAAUAAAUACACCUUUUUAAUUGUUGUGUUUUUUAUAGCGCUAAUAAACUAUUACAAUUAGUCUGUAUUUAGAGUUCGGCAGAAUUUUAAAACCCUUUAAUAAUUCUUUUGAAAAUAGUUUAUCAUGGUUGUAGAUGGUUAAUGCUAGUUCAAAUCAAUAGAUAAACUUAAUAUAUUAUUAUCAAUUAUUUAAAUUACUUUGCAUCCAUUCUUCUUCAGAAAUAAAUGUAUGUCUAAAAUUAUUCACUAUUCAAAAGUAAUUUACUACUAUUUACUAAAAAAAAAAACAAAUUUAUAAAAUUAUACUAUGAUAAUUGUAAUAAUGUUUUUACAAUUAUAUUUAUUAUUUAUUAAUAAAAUUAAUUUAAUACACUUGUUUCAUAUUCUUAGUUUAAUAUUUACUAAUUAUAAACUAUUUAUUGAUAGUUAAACUUACAAAAACACUAAAACUAUUUACAUACAAGUUAAUAUCUACUCCCUAUUUGUGGUGAAUGUAGGGAGUCUAUUACAAAAAUUAAUAAUAUAAUACAUUGCAUUUUUUUUUCUUUACUUAGCUUUAACAAUUAAGUUAACAGGAACAACAAUAACAAUAGACCUAUUUUUACCAUUGGUUUUAAUUUAAUAUUACUUUCAAUUAGCUUAAUAUCAGUAGGAAGUUUGUUAAAAAAUAUUAUUUUAAUAAUUCCCCAUUAGUGUUGUGUUUGGUUUAAUUAUUUAUUAAUUAUAAUUAAUAACUAUAAUAUAAUUUGUUAAUGCUAUUUUAUAUAUUGUAUCACUUAAUUUAAUUAAUUGUUUAUACAUUUUGGAAUUUGAAUUUAGAUUUUAGAUGCAUUGGUUUUACAAUGAUGUUUGUUUUAUUUUUUUUAAUCUGAAUAACGACUUGAAAUCUGACUGAGAUGGUACUUUUAGAUUUUUCUAGCCAUUUUCAUAACGAAUGGAAAAAACUUAGAAAAACUGGUACAAUAUUAAACAAUUAUUAUUAAAGAAAAUAUAUUAUGCCCAAUUUAUGUAAUUUUUUAACCAUAAUAUGACGUAAAUAUUUUUAACAAAACAACACUAUUAACCGAACUCUACUCAAUUGUUUUUUGCUAACAGUGAUUAAUCUCUGUGUAUAUAUACAUUACAUUUCCUCUCUACCUUCCCAACUUCUCACCUAGAAUAAUGACUCACCCAUUGUCCGAAGUAUGUUUGUAUCUUUUUUAGGAUUUUAAAUACUUUUUGUAAAGAUUUGUAUUUAGAAAAUUCAUUUUUCCAAUUUGUGCUAAAUAAAACAAAGCUGUAAAUUAAUUUUAAUAUUAAAUUAUAUAUAUGAGCCAUGCUAUAGACACUUAAUUUUUAAAAUAAAUGACUAGUUACUAGAGGAUUUUUUAAUAAUUGUUCUUUAAAAACCAAUUUGGUUUACUAUACUUAAUUUUUUGUUUAUAUAGUUAAUAUGUCUCCAUAUUCAUUAAUUGAAUAUAAAUUAAGACAAUAUAUUUUUUUGGGCCAUGAAUCUUCUAUGUAUGUUCCACCUCCUAUAAGAAAUUCAUUUUGGUACCCAAAAGAUAAAUACUAUGAAAAUAUUACUGGUGUGAGAAUAAUUGCGAAAAUUGUAAAUAAAAAUAAAGCUGAAGAGAUCGAUUCUAUUGUUCCAAUAAUCUUAAAGGUUAGUUUAGUGAUUUUUUAAGUUGAAGGUUUUCAUGUAUUGUAUACAAUUAUUCAUACAUAGGUUAAAAAAGAAGGAAAACUUCAUGAUGACCGACUCUUGAUUUUUACAUUGGCUGUAUGCACUAAAUUUAAUAUGACACAAUGUGCCAAAAUGGUUGCUGAUGCUAAUGCUGCAGUCUCCAUAAUUUGUACUGAUGGAUUAAAAUUUUUGAUGUUUAUAAAAUUUUGUCAAGACAUUAACAUUAUUCUUUAUGAAAAGGGUAAUUAUUUUAAAUAUAAUAAUACUAAUACUGUAAUAUAUAAUAUAUACAGUGCCAUUUAGUUAUAACUCGUUAGAAAAUUAAGAGGAGUUUUUUCUCAAUUGCUACAUGUAAUAAUUGUUACCACAGUUGUAUUAUAAUUUAUCAACAUAUUUAUAAACAUAAUAUUAGUUACGUACACAAAUGACUGGUAUUAUGAAUAUAUUAUUGUUAUGCUUAAUGAAAUUUUCAUCCUGUAUUAUAUUUACCCUUCCUCAUGAAAUAUUUAUUUCUAUUUUUAAUCUACUUGUAUUUAUUUAGGUUAUAUAUCUUAUAAACCUUCUGGAUUUGGUAGCAGAUUACGUAAAACUAUUAACAAUUGGUAUUUAAAAAAUGAUCCAUUUGAAUUAACAAAACUAGUGCUAAAGCAUAAAUGUUUUGAAGGUUGGACUCAUAGAGAUGUAAUGAACCAAAUUCAUAUUCAUUCAAAGGAUCCAGGUAAUUAAAAAAGAAAAUACUUAUUUAUUAUUUAAAUGAUUAACAGUUUAAAUUAUAGGCCAGCAAAUGAUAAUUAUCUAUAUAUUACAUGGUAUUAAAAAAGUUAAAGAAAUUUUUGAACUUAAAUUAAAAGACGUUCACAAUGAUGGUGUAAUUGAACAACUCAAAUUAAUAUAUGAAUAUAUAAAUAACAUACAUAAUAUACCUAAAAUGAACGAAAUUACAUUGAAAAAUGAAAUUGAGUGUAAUAAAUGGAGCCUACAAAUAAUACCUUCAAAAAUGCUUAGAAGUACUAAAGUUAGUAUUAAUUAUUUUUUUACUUAAAAAUAUAAAUAUUUUAAUUUGAAUUUCAAUGCACUUUAGAUCUUAACUUCACUUGUCAUACAUAUGCCAUUAUCAAUAUUAUUGGAUAAUACGUGUUAUUUUGCCAAACAAAGAUUAUUUCGCAAUUCAACACCUCAUAAAGGUCUUAAAGAAUAUAUAUCGCGCUUUAAUAAUCCAUAUUUACUAAAAGAAUCAAAAAUACACCCAAUCGAAUCAUUUGUAGAAUAUGUUAAAUAUUCAAGAAGAUGUAAGUAAGUACUAAAACUAAACAUAUUACUUAGUUAUGUACUCCUAUAAAUUGCCAUAAUAUUUAAUAUAAAAUUGCAGUAAUAUAUUAACAAUACAACAUAAUAUAUGUAAAAAAAAAAAAAGUAUUACUGAUACACCUGAUAAAUUAAAAGUGUUUAUGAAAACAAACGAAAAAAAUACAUGUGUUAACCAAACUACAAACGAAAUUGAUAUGACAGAAGUUAAUCAGGAAGAACAAUAUGAAACUAAUGAUAUUCAAAAUAAACCAACUGGUAUACUCAUGUUUAAGCCAUGUCCAAGAUUAGUAGAGGAGUUGUUAACAUUUUUGUCUGAAGAUCUAAUAAAAAAAACUUUAGAAGUAUUUAUUUACAAAUAUUUUAUUUCAUUAAAUAUAUUAAUAAUUAUCAGGUUUGGAACGUAUAAUACAGUACAGUAUAAAACACGUUUUAUACUGUAUAAUUUUUUUUUUUUUUUUUUUGUGGCUGCAAUUGAACCGAAAUUUCAGUUAAAAUAAUUGUCAAUUGAAUUUAAUAUUCUUUUUAUAUAUAUUAUAUUAAUUAUCUAAGAAAUAUGUGAUAAUUUAUUGUAUUAAUUACUUCAUCUUUAUUCUUUAUUAUAACUACAUUAAUAUUUAUAAUACUAAAAAAAAAAUUUGUUUGUUAUAUUAAUUUAUAAGUUUAAAUACUUAUUAAAAUUUAAAAUGUACAGUAUUAUCACUAUUAUAAUAAACUUCAAAGAAAGAAAGAAAAAUGUCAGUCGUUAUAAAGUUUUAUGCAUUUUAGUUAUUUUGUAUGUGUAACGCAUAAAAUGUUUUAUACGUGUAUAUUACCAACCCUGGUAAUUAUUUAUCAUAUUAAUAAAUGCAUGUGUAUUUAUAACAAAAAGUGUGUUAUGGCUAAAAACUUGUUAUUUUGAAUUUUACUUUUAUAGAUUAAAUUAUGAGCUCAGCAAAGAAGUUAUUAACCCAUAAUUUUACUGCCUAAAUAUAAUAAUUUUUGAAAACACUAAAAAAUUAAUACUAUAUUAAUAAACUCUUAUAAACUAUUUUCAUCCAAUAACUUUAUAAAUAAAUUGUUAAUUAAAAUCAGUUGGCUCUUUUGGUAGUUUUCUAUUUUAUCCAUUUUACAAAUAUACCAAUAAUUUACACUAAGUCACUAAGAGAAGGGCCGUUAUUACCAAUGUAUAAAAAGACAAUUAUCUGAUUCUUAAACUGAGUUUAUGGCUGGUAACUGACCACCAUUGGUCGAUUAUUUUAUAAAAUCUGUUUAAAAAUCAAUGUUUACGUUGUUGAGAACUUGCCUAAUUUAUGCUCAAAAACUUCUAAAUUGUUCAAUUUUAUAUUUCUGCUUAUAUCAAAAACUAUAUAUUUUUUAGAUUCUCUGUGUAUUUUAAUUUAUAUUCUAACAAAGUUUUAUUUUCAACAUUUUGAUAAUAAUUAGUUUAUGUAAUACAGAUAUAUAAAAUAUAAUACAAAAAUAAACAACAUAAAUAAUUUUUUUUUUUUUAGAACCUGAUUCCAUCAAAUCGUCGAAUAUUAAUAUCAUAUGACAGUAGAAUGUGUAUGAAAACAAAGAAAUGUUUUUAUACCAAUUUACUCGGAGUGGAUGAAGCAAUUACAUUGAUAAUACUGUCUUUGAUUUACCCAGAAACAUUGGAAAAUAAACCAACAAUAUUUGCCUUAAAAGAAAAAUCACUUUCGAAAAUUGAAAUUGAUUAUAAUCAAUCUUUAACUUUUUCCAAUUUGGAAUCUGUUUUAUAUAAGGAAAAUAAGGUAAACAUUUUUGUUUUUCAAAAUAUAUUCAUUAAAUAUUAUGUAUAGUGUUUGAACAGUUUAGGUUCUGAGUGGAGUGAGGAAGCUUAUGGUUUUACAAAGAUUUUUUUUAUCUGCAAUUUUUCAACUAGAAAUCUUGCUCGGAUUUUUAAGUGUAGCACCUUUUCUGAAAAGAAAUUUGACUGAAAAAGUACAUUAAAGAAGUCAAAUUUCGAUUUUUUUUCUGGAGUUUUCUCAUCAAAUUUGAAAAAUCAAAACAAAAUCAAAGGGAAAAUAUAAGAAAUGUAGAUAUUAGUUAAAAUAUAUUAUGGUUUUUACUUUUCCUGUAAUUUUCCCAAGAUUUUUCCCGGCAAAUGUGAAAUACUGGGAUAAAACAUGCGAAAAACUAGAAAACGUAGGAAAACUGAGAAUUUUUGUUACAAAAUUAAAUAUAUAAAUAUAUUAAUUAUAUUAAAUAUAUAAAGCCUAAUUAAUUAUUUUACUAUAAAAUGAUAUAUAUAUUGUUGACAAAGCAUCACUAUUAACUGAACUCCGCUCAGAAUUGUUUCUCCAUAAAAGCAAUGAUUUAUUGUUACUUACAGGUAUACAUUAAAUAACCUAUAACGCUGGUUGCACCUGUCCCCAUUAUCCUAGGACUUUUUUUUAAUAUUGUAUAUAAUUUUUUUAGAAAACUACUAAUUCAGAUGAUAGUAAUAUGGAUCAUCUAUCUUCUAUAAACUGGGCUAGACAAAAUAAACAAAAUUAUGAUUUAUUUGUGUUAUUGGGAACUAAUCAAAUGAAUUUAAGAAAUAUCAAAAAAGCAAUUAAAAAAUAUCAAAAAUUUUCUCAGAAAACAGUGAAGUAAGAUUUUUUAUUAUCAUUAAUGGUUGAUUUAGUGGAAUUAACUAAUUUUGUAAUAAAACUAAAAUAUUAGUUGAAUAUUACUUAGGGAUUAUAAAUUAUUUCAACCUCCAUUUAAACUUUCCAGGGUCAUUGUAUGUUGUCUGAAUGGAAAGCACUCUGAACAAAGCAAUUUAAAAGGAAAUAAUAAUUUAUUUAUUGCUGGUUUUGAUAAAUAUAUUGGAAAAGUAAUUGAUGGAUUCAUAAAAGAAGAUUUUUAAUAUAUUAUUUAAUAUGUAAGUAUACUUAAUAUUUUUGUUUUUAAUUUUCUUAAUAAAUUAUUAAUAAAAGAGAAUUAAUUGGUAAUUAAUCUAAAAUCUGUUAAAUUUAUUAAUUUGUAUUAAUAUUUAGUGUGUUCACUUAUAUGCAACUUAUGUAAUUUAAAUUAUACAUCAAUAUAUGUUUGAUUUCUUAGUUUGUACAUCAUACGUUGUCUUUAUAGAUGGUUCCUUUUUUGGUGUAUAAUUGUGCGUGCUAAAUCAUUUUUACUUUGAUCCAAAAGUGCCAAAUAUCCAAAUUCCAUACAUAAAAAGCAUGCAUAAACAACACCGGUCAAAUACUGAUAAUGUUAAAGUAUUUCACAUAAAUAUUAAUUCAAAAUUUUAACCUAAAAUGUUUAUAUUUAUAAAAAAUGAAGUCUAGAUAUGUUAUGUAAUUAGAAGUAAUUAUAGCACAACAAUAAUCACACUUCAUCUAAAGUGAUUGUAUGUUAUUCGUUCUUUUGAUAUUGGUAUAGUGUAUCGUUUUCAUUAUCUACAAUGCAUGUCAUGAGCUAACAGUCUUAAAUUGAGUUAUUUAACACUUUUUUUUAUAAUUUUAAAUAAUAAAAUAAUAGAAUUUAUCUAAAGUCAAAAAGCAAUAAAUUAUUAUUAUUCGAAGACUAUUUAUUCAGUAUACACCAAUUGUGUGAAAAAAGAAUUAUUUGGGGUUACUCUGAUUACAAAAGUAAAAAUUGUUUGAGAAGAUGUUACACACCACAGACGACUUAUUUCUAAUUUUUGACAGCAAAUAUUUUUUAAUUAAUUUGUUUGUGUUCUUUAAAUGUUAAUAAUAAUCAUAUUCUAUUCAUAUUAUAGGUUUAUUUAACUUUUAUAAUAAAGGUUAAAAUUUUGAAUUAAUAUUUUGUCGCGGAACCACUACAGGGUUCUUUGAUAAACACCUAUUAUUUUGAAAAAGUAUUAACUUUAUAUAUAUUUUUUUUUUAUUGUGCAUUUUAAAAAAUAUUCAGCUCUAAAAUAUUACAUUUGUUAUUUUUGGGGGUUGAACUGCCCACUUUUGAUUUUCAAAUGGCUGCUUAUACUUAAAGUUCUAUAAAUAGAUAAAAGUUUAAAUACACAUUUUGGUGUUGAUAUUUUUUAUUUCUAGCAACUUGUUUACAAGAUAUUCCACUUUUAAGUUUUGGUAUUGUAGGAGAAUUAGAUCAUCAUUUAUGUGUGUUUAAAAUUUUAAUAGUGCUUCACUACUCCCCAGUCAUUUCUAUGCAAUGUCUGUUUAGCACUAUGUUAUGUCCAUUAUCUAUUGUAUAUUUCACGAAUAGUCCAAAGCAGCGGUUCCCAACCUAUAAGCCACAGCUCACAUAUGGGCCAUGGGCAAUGUGGUAUACUGGCCAAGGACAUAAACAAGGGACAGAAAAUUUAAAAAAAUGUAAAUUAUUUUAA